CAGUUGGUCCAUUCGUUCAUGUGUUCGUCCUCAAGAAGCACAGUAUUUGGCAAUUUCGUGAAAUUUCUUCCCCAAUUCCUAAAACCUCUGUCGUCGAACCAGUGGUGGGAAUUGUUUGAUGUCAAUGCGAAGCGGAAUUAUUAUUACAACAGCAUCACACGUGAGACCGUCUGGCAGAAGCCACCUAAUGGUGAUAUUAUUCCCCUUGCCAACCUUCAGGUUCGUUUCCGGUACUCGUUUCUAUUCGACAGCUUGUACCAUACACAUAAACAGUCGAACGAGCGAGCUCCAUCCUUUUUCGAAACCGUUGUUCGGUUAGAAGAUCCGAAGGCCUAG